CACGGUGGGGUCGACGGAUUUUUGCGUAAGGCGCGGUCAAGCAUCGGUUACUGCCCUGCCGAUUCUGCAGAAUUGCGCCUUCGAAUUAGCAACUCUGUCUGACGGAUCUUUUUUAUCGACGUCCAUUGAGGGCACACGGGAAGCAUGACAACGUGUCAACAUGGCCGAUCUGAACAAGGAAUUGAACGAGUACCUUUUAAGCAGUAAAAAUGAAAAACAAUUCAAAAUUACGGUUCCUUCGGUGACGAUACCGAAACCGUCAUUAGGAAAAUGGCUAGGAAGAAACACAGAAGAAGAGAGACAAGAGUCGGGAUGGCUGGACGGUGUUCGAAAAGACUGUUGUCCUAGCUUGACUAGAGUGCAGCGGCUUACUGCAUUCGCGAUAUGCUUCUUUAUGGGAAUACUUUGUUUUUGUUUGUCAGCAAUUUACAUUCCAGUAUUACUUUUAAAGGCCAGAAAAUUUGCCUUGCUAUAUACACUAGGAAGCCUCUUCUUCUUAAUGAGUUUUUGCUUCUUGUGGGGCCCGAUAAGCUACCUAAAGUCUCUCUUCACUGCCGAGAGGAGAUGCUUUACAAUUUCUUACUUUGUUACUCUUUUGAGCACUCUUUACUUUGCAUUACAUUUACAAUCGACUCCUUUAACUGUAUUAAGUGCAGUUUUGCAAUUGAUUGCAAUGCUGUCAUUUUUGGUGAGUCGAAUUCCUGGAGGCAUGAUGGGUCUCUCAUUGUUUACUAGAAUGUUUAAAUCAUCAGUCAGUUCAAGUUUACCAGUUUGAUAACACGAACAAAAUUGCCCGGGCAAUAAAAAGAUUGGUUGUAUCCAAGGUUCUCAAACCUGACCAUCUAAUACUUAAAUCAUGUUUUGCUUAUUGCGAAAUAUAAUUCCUGAAUUUAGUAUCCAUAAAAAUUUACAAAGCUGCAUUUGGAACUUUCAUUUUAAAAGACUGUUUCACAAUGUGUAUGGGGAAAAAGGGACUGACUACAGAAUUUCCUUAGUAUAAUCGAUAUGAAAACAUUGCUACAUAAGUUUUCAUCUUACAUUUGCAUACAGUAAUAUUCUAGUUUAUGUUGAGAUUUGUGAUGCAACUUUGUAAAAUAUCGCGUACUUCGUAAUAAGGGACUUAUAAAUAGAAUUUGUAUAUAUUGUAAUUAUACGUGAAAAAAAUAAAAUGUGUCAUCUGUA